AUGACAAGUUUAUAUGAGUAUAAGCACCCAGUGAUCAACAAGCAACUAGCGUCAGGUGCCGACGACCAAAGCGGCCGUAAAUUCCCAACGUUGAGUGCGUGGUAUAAUGUGGUCAACGAUUAUGAAUUUCAAGCGAGAUGUCCCAUCAUCUUGAAGAAUAGUCAUCGAAAUAAGCACUUUACAUUUGCUUGUCAUUUGAAAAAUUGUCCUUUUAAAGUUUUACUCAGUUACUGUGGGAAUCAACGCGGAAUUGAUGGUGAGGAAUCGCAGAUUCAUCAGGAUUUGAAUCAUUCGCUUGUGAAUUUAGAUAAACCGAAACUUGAAGAAGGGAAGGAAGAUGACGACGUCAGCGCAGCUAUCGCUGCUGCUGUCGCCGCAGUUCAGGAUGUCCGCCAUGGCGAAGAGUACCUGGGGGCUUCUACAGGGACUGCCCGCUCCUCCAACGACUCUGUGAGGGGGCCCUUCGUAGUUACGAAGAUCGAACCGUAUCACAACCAUCCGUUGGAAUCGAAUUUGACUUUAAGCAUGUUUGUUCUGACUAAAGUGCCUAGGAUUUUACAACACGAUUUGAAUUUCGAUCAGAUUUUGGAAAGUUUAUGCAAUGAGGAUGAUAAUACGGUGAGUAAAUUUAGAGUCUCGCAGUAUGUCGAGGAGUCGGGGCUGCUUGAUAUUCUAAAGGAAAGAUAUGGUCUUACAGAUGCAGAGAUUGAUAAGAAACUUUUAUCGCAAAUCUCGAGGCGUGUGACUACUUACAAGGCCCGGUUUGUGCUUAAGAAGAAGAAAAAUGGCGAUUAUGGGACGCCGGUUAAUAGGGGUGAUAGUGGCUCUGCUCAAUCUUAUACUCGCCACACGAGAAACGCUGCGAUUGAUUCAAAUAGUCGUCAUUUGGCAUUAGAAGAUCCGAAUCUGAACCCUGAAUUGAACGAUUCAGAAGUACAGGCCGCACAAGCAGCCGCACAAGCGGCAAUAGGCGAAGCUGUGGCGCUCAAGAGGUCUGUUCAGCAAAUGGUUGACGACGAAGACGACGAGGGAUCGAGAAAGAGACAAAUGAUGAAAUUAUCGAUGGGGAACAAUAUGGUCAAUGAUGAUGGAUCACUCGUUGCGUUGGACGAUACGCCAGAUGAUAAACUGCCUCGUGAUGUCGCGGAGCAACUAAGACUUCUUUCGUCUCAUUUUAAAGACGUCGAAGCUCAUAACCUGAAUAACCACAAUGGGGACGCCGAUGAAGAGGGGAAGAUUGUGGUGAAGGACGAUAUCCCCGAUGAGAACAUUCAGCCAGAAUUGAGAGGUCAAUAG